AUGUGGAGGCUAAAGAUUGCAGAGAAAGGGAACAACCCUUACAUUUUCACUACAAAUGAUUAUGCUGGAAGACAGAUAUGGGAGUAUGAUCCAAAGGCUGGAACUCUCGAAGAGCGGGAAGAAGUGGAAGAGGCUCGCCGGAAUUUUACUAAAAACCGAUCGAAGGUCAAGCCCAGCUCUGAUCUUCUUUGGCAAUAUCAGAUUCUGAGGGAGAAAAAUUUCAAGCAGACAAUUCCUGCAGAAAAAGUAGAGGAUGGGGAGGAGGUGAGCUAUGAGAAAACGACAACUGCAUUGAGGAGGUCAGCCAAGUUUUAUUCAGCUUUACAGGCAAGCGAUGGCCAUUGGCCUGCUGAAAAUUCUGGGGUCCUCUUUUUCCUUCCUCCGUUUGUAAGUAUCGCUAACUAA